UGCUCCUCCUCCUCCUUCGCUUGCCCGCCCGCCCGCCCGCCUGCUGCCAGCCUGAGAGAGAAGCACCUGUAGCGCGCAUUCGGGCCCGCGUCGGUACCGUUAUAAGUUUGCGACCACCGGAAUCAUGCUGCUCCACCACUUGCAUGUCCUCAACUCACUCCUUGUCGCCGCCAUGGUGAUGGCAAUAGACUUUGACAUUGUUAGCGCCACCACCGAGGGAAUGUUCAGCCAUGGCCAAAACACCACCGCAACAGGAACGCUGGCUCCCACGAGCAACCGCGCGACCUCCGCCCGAUCCGCAGCCGAUCCGUUUACGACAACCGUCAGAGAGGAGACGUCUGUCAAAAACUCCGACGCAAGCGGCGCACUCCCACUGACAAGCGGCGUAGCGACAUCGACGGGCCCGACCGGCCACACCGUCACGCCACGGCCGCCGGACCCGACCCGUCGCGGUCCCACCGCGACUACAGCCGCACGAGUCAUACUCACGAGCGUGAGCCACCGGGGCACCGCCUGGAUGACGACGACCGGCCCGGACGCCAUCGUAACCACCGGUCAGACCGAGCACGCGACAUCGAUGACAUCGACCGGCCGGACGGACGACGACACGUCGACGACGACACGUCCGGAAAACAAUGUCACAAUCUCAACGGCAACAAGGGGCGGAUCAACGACCGCUACGAACACCGAGACGAGCGCCGUGAUUACGGGCCUGACAACUUCGAUGGACAUAACAUCCGGCCACGACACCUCAGUUAGCUCGGUGACAAGCGGUCCGACCGAGGCCGACGCAACGUUAAUGACGACAAGCGGUCCGGCCAACAACAACGCGACGACCUCCGCGACAGCAACUAGCCUGACCGACAACGAUACGACCUCGGUGACAACAAUCAGCCCGACAUCACUACCGACAACCGGUCCGCCCGACAACGACACAACCCCGAUGACGACGACGGGCUUAACGAAUGACCCUACCUCGGUCAGCCUGACUAACUACACUUCACUGACAACAACCAGUUGGACUAACAGCAGCGCAAGCCCAAUGACAACAACCGGCCUGAGCAACGACACUUCCUCCACGACGGCAAGCGGCCCGACCGACAGCUACACGUCGCUGACGGCCACCGGUCCGACAUUUAUGACCCCGGCCGGUCCGACCGACGCCACGACGACAAGCGGCCCGACCGACAGCUACACGUCGCUGACGGCCACCGGUCCGACAUUUAUGACCCCGGCCGGUCCGACCGACGCCACGACGACAAGCGGUCCACCUGACCGGACCACCUGGAUGACACCGACCGACGCUGAGGCGUCAACAGCUGCGAUAACCACCAGCCCGUGGUCAACUCUAAGCGUCGACGUGACAGCUUGGGUGACGAGCGACGACACCAAACCCAGCGGUGACGCAACGACUCGGACGACGACCGACCCUCAGUCCGACAAAGUCACAAGGACAACGGAAAGGUCCGGCGUUGUCAGCACGCAGGGCCCGACCCCGGCCUCCGAGGCCACAUCAGGAGCGACUACUCGGGAAGCGACCAGCGUCCUCACGCCGACCUCAGCCAGCAAAGGCACCCAAAGCUCGCCCGGCCCCACCCAGAGCGACGCAACCAUAGUUUGUCCUGCGGAACCGUGUCCCCUUGAAAGCGUCUGCUUAAACGGAACCUGCCAGUGUCUCUCCGGAAGCUUCCUCCUGGGCCAGCGUUGCAUCCGCGCUCAAGUCUUCCCUGGGCAGCUCCACCUCACGUCCUUGACAUUUGACAAGGAAAUGUUGGACAGGUCCUCCAAAGUGUUCCAAGAGACGGCCGCGGACAUCUCGGCUUCGCUCGCUGGCGCCUUUGCAGGUCGGCCGGGAUACGUCCGCUCUGACGUGGUGCAGCUAGCCCCAGGAAGCGUCCUGGCCACUGUCAACAACAUCUUUGACAACACGCCAAACUCUGAGGAGGCAGUGGAGCAGGUCAUCCAGGAUGCCAUCGGGAGCAGCUCCCAAGGCCUGCUGCUCAACGCUACGUUUAGCGUCACAAAGUUGUGUGAUCAGGUUCCACUUCCCUGUGACGCCGUCACGACUUGGUGCACCAGUGCUAAGGGUCGCGUGGGCUGUUCCUGCAAAGCUGGCUACAUUUCCACGGUGUACUCCAACACCAGCUGCAAGGCUUGUCCAAGCGGGCAGGAAGUGGUGGGCAACAGCUGCCAGAAAUGCGCCUUUGGAUACGCAGGCUUCAACUGCACCGACUCGUCUCUGCUGGCGCUGGUGGUCAUCUCCUGCGUUUUGGGCGGAAUUCUACUCAUCAUCAUCAUCUUGGCUUUGCUCUCCUCCUACUGCUGCUGGCGGAGGCGCUCUGGAGGCCAGGCGGAGCGCAGCGAUGCCAGUCCGUACCCGGCGGGGGGCGAGUUGACCAAGCCCUGGCCUGUUGGCAUCACGCCCAUUCCCCGCGCUACCACCGCCGCCACCUGGGACGCUGCAGCCACUAUGGAGAUGAUGGAAAAACGGCAUCAUGGCAACGGCGUGGGCUUUCCUUCUAAGCAGAGAGGAUGGAAAAAGUCAGGGUCGUACGAUCUCAACCCCGACGGAAUGAAGACCUUCACCAAUAAGAACCCGUCGCGUUACUCCUAUUUGAUGCAAGGCCACGAGAACCCCUACUUCCUGCCUGGCGACGAUAAGAAAAACUGACAGCUACGCCGACGGAUGCUUUUUCUCAUUUCGCAAUCAGAUGGGAUGACAAGCAAGUGUGGCGUGGAGUGGAACGUCGCUCGCUAAGAGUGGCCAGUAGGUGUCACCCAUUUUUCUUUUCUUUUCUUUGUCGCCUUGGAAAUGUUGCAAUUGUGCGACCUGUUCAAUCAACGCUUGCUUCAUUGAAUGUGGCUUAUUAUGACCUAGUCAUUCGAAUCCAUAACCACAAUAAGGGCUGGUCCCCCGUUCUGAAUGCUGGUGAAGGGAUUUCUUUUUUUUUCAUUUUGCACUCUUUGAAGCUUCUUCAUUGGAACUACUAUGUUGUUUUUUGUAGUGCGUGUGCCAACGUUGACUUUUGUCAUCAUACUGCUGUUAUUUGUCUUUUAUAAGUGUGUACAGUUUUGUUUUUGGUCAAUCAUUUCCCAUCCGCAGAAUAAAUCAUUUCAAGUGAAA